AUGAAGAGUCAUGGUGAUUCGUCAACACGUCAGCAAAGGCGAUCGUUACUUUCAACUAGUUUAAAAGGUGAAAAGGAUUCUGCUACAGCUGCCACAACAACACCACUGCUGGAACAAGCAGACUUGUACUCGGAACCCCAGCUACUGCAGCACCUGCAUUACCAGCUACAGAAAUAUCCCUUGAUGUCACAGGACCAUCCGAUGUUACGCAUAAAUGAAACUUUAACUGAAGAAGAAGAGGACGCAGCAAGCACACGGUACAUGGAUCAUCCAGAACCACGGCUUUUGGCUAGUUCGGUGGGGAAGGACUUAGAUGGGAAGCUAAUACCGUCAUCAUCCACCAUAUCUUUGCUUUCUUUAAAUCAGGACGUAUCUUUAAAGUUCACCGAGCAGCAACCACAGCAACAGCAACAUCAACAGCAGAAGUCUUCUUCUGUACCUAAAACUUCCCGUACCACGUCAUAUUUGAAUCUACAGAGGCUACAGCCUUACCAAAGAGCCGACACUACGUCUCCGCCCGUGCAGCAACAACACACAUAUCAUUCGCAACAACUUUCCAAUUCAUCUUCUUUUGAUGCUACUGGCUUCCAACCAAUAGGAAUACCGUCUAGCUACACGAAUGCAAAUACUAAUACCGCUCUGCUAUCUACUCCAGGCACAGUUCCCGAUUCACCAAAUCUAGAUCCCGUCUCUUUAGGUGGGUCACCAUCACGAUUCUGGUUGUCUUCUCAGACACCGCCAAGCUCAGGCAUCGUCGCUGUUGCUACUGCCACUGGAAUGAAAAAUAGAGCCCAUUCACAAACACAUCUCCAUCUGCAUUUACAGCUGUAUCAGCAACCUCAGUACAUUGUACAUAAAGCUGGUACUGGUACCAUUUAUAGAGCAGUCAAAGGGGAUGAUUCGCCAGUUUUGAAUCCGGUGCAAACACCAAUCGAGGAUCCGCCAAUGACGCCAUUAUUUUUGAGCAAUGCAGGUAACAUUAAACAUGUUGAUUAUUUCAAUCACUACCAUUCUAAUAAUAGUGACUUAAAAGAGGCCGCACCGGAGGAGGAGGAAGGCGAAGAAGAAGAGGAAGAAGAAGAAGAAGAGGAAGAAAAAGAGGAAGCUGAAACUGAAACUGAAACUGGCGCAAAGCGUCAUGACGAAAAGUCACUGCUCGAGGGGUUAGUACCAGUGAGAGAUGUAUAUAGUUGA